UUUAGGACAUCAAUGCAAGCCUGAAUAAGAAAAACAAUUUCCUAAGCCAUGGCAUAUCAGUUAUACAGAAAUACCACUUUGGGAAACAGUCUCCAGGAGAGCCUUGAUGAGCUCAUACAGUCUCAACAGAUCACCCCCCAACUUGCCCUUCAAGUUCUCCUUCAGUUUGAUAAAGCUAUAAAUUCAGCGUUGGCGCAGAGGGUCAGGAACAGAGUCAAUUUCAGGGGCUCUCUAAAUACAUACAGAUUCUGCGAUAACGUGUGGACUUUUGUAUUGAAUGAUGUUGAAUUCAGAGAGGUGACAGAACUUAUCAAAGUGGAUAAAGUGAAAAUUGUAGCCUGUGAUGGUAAAAAUACUGGCUCCAAUACUACAGAAUGAAUAGAAAAAAAUGGCUUUUUUAUGUCAUCUUCUGUUAUUAUUCAUCGCUUUUUUGAAGAGAAGCAUAGAAGAGACUUUUUUUUAUUUAUUCUAGCAUCGCAGAAAUGACUACACUGUGCUAUAUAUACUAUCAGAAUUCCAACAGAAAGAAGCUUAUAACUAUAGCCUCUUACAUUACCUUUUCAGCAUGAAGAAACAGAAGUUUUUUUAACAACAAAUAUUGUUGCCUUCCUAAGAACAUUCUUGAAUAAACUCAUUUUAAAAUUCA